CAGUCGACUCACUGAGCUAGCUUAACUCGGUUACACCAUCUGCUGGCACCUUCUCCCCCGCGGCGACCUAAGAACUGUGAAGUUGGAAAACUUGAGUGUAUGCGAACGAUCAGUCAAAAACUCAGAAAGUCUCAACAGCCAAGCCUUCGAAAAUCAUCUCGUUCAUGCUUCGGUCGUCAGCUAAAUCCACCAUCAGAGAGUGAUUAUGGCUACGAAAUCGAACUCCAUUUCAAGGUCAAUUCAUCUGUUGAUCUUGACGCUUGCUCUGCUUCUUCUGCAAUCUGAAUCGGCGCCUCAAGCCUUCCGGAGAGAUCCAGGACACGCUCAGUGGCACCACGGGGCCUUCCAUGACGUCAGAGACAGCGUUCGAUCCGAUGUCCGCCGUAUGCUCCAUUCUCGAGCCGAGGUCCCAUUCCAGGUCCCUCUUGAAGUAAAUGUAGUCCUAAUCGGCCUCAGUGGUGAUGGAGGCUAUAGGUACACAGUAGAUCCCCAUGAAUUGGAGGGAUUUUUGAAAGUCAGCUUCCCAUCCCACAGGCCCUCCUGCCUAGAGACUGGGGAGCCCAUUGAUAUUGAGCAUCACAUUGUCUAUAAUGCUUACCCUGCUGGGCAGCCGGAACUGAUAGCACUUGAGAAAGCACUGAAAGAGGCCAUGGUUCCUGCUGGGACUGCUAGGGAGGCUGAUUUUGGAAGGGAGGUGCCUUUGUUUGAGGUGGAUGCAACAGCUGUGGAGCCUAUAUUUCAGAUGCUAUAUUCAUACAUAUUUGACGUGAAUAACGGUGGCCAUUCAGCAGUGGAGAUAGACAGACCUGUACCACAUGCAAUAUUCAUUGUCAAUUUUGAUAAGGUGAGAAUGGACCCUAGGAACAAGGACAUUGAUCUUGACAGUUUAAUGUAUGGCAGACUGACACAGCUAACUGAGGAAGAGAUGAAAAAACAAGAGGGUGGAUACAUUUACCGUUACCGUUACAAUGGUGGGGGAGCAUCUCAGGUUUGGCUGGGCUCUGGCAGAUAUGCUGUGAUCGACCUCUCUGCAGGCCCUUGCACAUAUGGAAAGAUUGAGACUGAAGAAGGGAGUGUCAGCUCUAAAACACUCCCGCGGUUACAGAAUGUGAUGCUUCCAAGAAGUUUAGGUGUAGCUAGCGUUCAUUCUACACGCAAUAUUUUUCUUGGACAACUUGCUGCUGUGAUUUCAACUGCAGUUGAGCACGUUAUAGCUCCAGAUGUAAGGUUUGAAAGUGUCGAUAUGACAACAAGGUUGCUUAUACCACUUAUCAUCCUUCAAAAUCAUAAUCGUUACAAUAUUAUGGAGAAAGGACAUAAUUACAGCAUAGAUAUUGAAGCCAUUGAGUCAGAGGUUAAGAAGAUGGUUCAUAAUGGGCAGGAAGUAGUUAUGGUAGUUGGUUCAAAUGCAUUGCAUCGCCAUGAGAAGUUGGCCAUUGCUGUUUCAAAGGCAAUGCGUGGCCAUUCCUUACAAGAAACAAAUAAAGAUGGACGUUUCCAUGUUCAUACAAAGACAUUUCUGGAUGGUGCUGUUCUCAGAGAGGAAAUGGAACGGUCUGCAGAUGUGCUUGCUGCAGGUUUGAUUGAGGUGGCCGAUCCAUCUCUUUCAAGUAAAUAUUUUUUUCGCCAGGACUGGGUGGAUGAAUCUGAUGAUUCAAGUGAUUCCAUAUUAAAGCAUAAACCUCUAUGGGCUACUCAGAGCUCUUAUCUUGGCAAGCUAAAGAAGAGAAGAAAAGAGAAGAAACAGGGAAAUUUUCACAGGACAUACGGAACAAGAGUGAUUCCUGUCUUUGUGCUAUCACUGGCUGAUGUGGAUGCGCACCUUAUGAUGGAAGAUGAAAGUCUUGUCUGGACAAGUAAAGAUGUUGUCAUUGUACUUCAGCAUCAAAACGAAAAGAUACCUCUGAGUUACGUUUCAGAAACUGAGAGAAGGCAUGCACUUCCAUCACAAGCACAGCGCCAUAUAUUGGCAGGACUUGCUUCUGUUGUUGGUGGGCUGAGUGCACCGUAUGAAAAGGCUUCUCAUGUACAUGAAAGGCCUGUGGUGGAUUGGCUCUGGGCAACUGGUUGUCAUCCUUUUGGACCAUUCUCUAAUACAUCCCGAAUCAGUCAAAUGCUUCAAGAUGUUGCUCUGAGGAAUAGCAUAUAUGCACGUGUAGAUUCUGUAUUACGGAGAAUUCGGGACACAUCAGAGGCUAUCCAAGCUUUUGCUGCAGAAUAUUUGAAAACUCCUCUGGGCGAACCAGUGAAGGGAAAAAAGAACAAGUCGAGCACUGAGUUGUGGUUGGAGAAGUUUUACAAGAAAACAACAAACUUGCCAGAACCUUUCCCGCAUGAAUUGGUUGAACGACUGGAGAAAUACUUGGAUAGCCUUGAGGAAGAACUCGUGGAGCUAUCAUCCUUGUUAUAUGAUCACCGGCUGCAGGAUGCUCACUUGAACAGUACACAUAUUGUCCAGAGCUCCAUAUUCACCAAGGAGUAUGUAGAUCAUGUGCUGAUGACAGAGAGGGAGAAAAUGAAAUGCUGCAACAUUGAAUAUAAGUUCCCCGCGCAGACUUCUCAAACUUUGGUGUAUGGAGGAAUUCUUCUUGCUGGAUUCUUUGUAUAUUUCGCUGUCAUUUUCUUUUCAUCGCCGAUGCGCUGACUAUAUUAAAAUCUCAAUCAAUGAGUGUCCGGACGGCAUCAAUUUUCAAGCCUCAGUUGCUUCUUUUUGGAAUACAUGCAUAAAGGAAAUAUCCGCUGUUUGGGAUUUUUUAUAUAUGAAUCUAAAAUUCCAACACGCUCUCCUCCAACGCACAACUCAAGUAGUAAUUGUACAUUAAUGCAUGAAUAUAUAUAUAUAUAUACAUGAACGCUCAAUUUUGCCUA